UAAUUAGAAUAAUUUUGCAACUUUUAAUUAAUUUUUUUAUGUGUGGAUUUAUCAGAUUUAUAUAAUAAUUAUUCUACUGAUUUAUCACCAGAACUUUAUCAAAAAAUUUUAGCAGUUUUUAUUGAUUACAGAGAAAAAAAAACCAGUUAAUUUGCCUUUUUUUACAUACAUACAAUGGCGCUUUAAAAUGGCAGAAAAAUAUUGAAUGUUUCUAUUGGUUGAAAAUAAAUCCAUUGCUCUGAAAAAAAAAAUACACACUUUUACAACAAUUUUGGACAAAAAAUUUUGAUAGUUAAACCAUGAUUUUAAUAACAAUAAAAUUAUCAAUGAAAAUAAAAAUUAAUUAAAAUACAUAAACUUUAUAAUUUAAAUAUAUUUAUAAACAAAUAAUUUUCUACAUACAAAAUGGAUCCAAAAUUAAUUGAAAAAUUUAUGGAAGUAACUGGUGAAGGAGAGGCAGUUGCUACAAGUUGGUUACAAUUGACAGAUGGAAAUGUUGAAAAUGCAAUAAGUUUGAUGUUUGAAGGUGGUGGAACAGCUCCAACAAGUUCACAAGUACAAAAUGAUGAGCCAGAAAUUCGUGCACCAAUAUUACCAACUCAAGAAGUAUUAAUACCAUCAGAACCAGUAUGUUCAUUUCCACGUGGAACAGCAUCAAAUGGUGUAUUUGAUAGAUUUCGUGAUUUUGCUGUUGAAAUACAAAGACAAGAAGAAGAAUUAACACGUCGAGUAAGUGGUAAUAAUAAUAAAUCAAAUCAUUGUAAAACAAAAAGACUUGAAGAUUUAUUUAGGCCACCAUAUGAAAUAUUAUUUAUGGGAAGUUUUGUUGAAGCAAGAGAUCAUGCUAAAACAGUUAAUCGUUGGUUACUUGUUAAUGUACAAAAUCCACAAGAAUUUUCAUGUCAAAUAUUAAAUCGUGAUGUUUGGGCAAAUAAACAAAUUAAAGAAAUAAUAAAAGAUCAUUUUGUAUUAUGGCAAGUAUUAUCAAAUACAUCUGAUGGUAAACGUUAUAUUGAUUUUUAUAAUGUAAAUGAUUAUCCAUAUUUGGCUGUUGUUGAUCCAAGAACUGGUGAAUGUAUUAAAUCAUACAAUCAAAUAACAAUUGAUACAUUAUUAACAAGUUUAAAUGACAUGCUAAGUGUUAAUCCAUCACCAGACAGUACAUCUGAUUCACCAAGAGUUGAAGAAUCACAUUGUGAACCAUCAUCAUCAGCAAAACGUACAUCAAGACCAGAUUCAAUGUCCAAAGAUUCUGGUAGAAGAAUUAAAAAAUCACGUAAUGCUGAUACAGCAACAUCAUCAAUAGCUUCAAGUAGUCGAGGUAUAGCUGGUAUUUCAGCAGUAAGUACCAGCACUGGAGUAUCAAUAAUACGUGGUAAAAGAUCAAGAAUAGAAAUGAAUGAUGAUGUUCCUGAAGUUAGCCAUUCAAAUGAAGCUGCUGUUCCAACUGAACAAAGUUCAUCAAGUGUUGUUGAAACAGUUACAAGUAAAUCUAAUUCAACAUCAGCAAAUGGUGAGACAUCAUUACGACUGUGUCUACGAUUACCAAGUGGAGGAAAAGAAAAUAUUUCAAUGUGUCCUAGUGAUACUGUUGAGGAAUUUGUCAAACGUAUGGAAGACAUGGGAUAUUCAUCAGCUGAUCAUACUUAUUUAGUUCCAUUUCCAAAAACAAAUGUCGGCACUUUGCCAUCAAAAACUCAACUUGCUGACACUAUUCUCUAUCCAUCAAACACAGUAUUUAUCACCAAGGUUUAAUUUUUUCGUUUUUUUUUUCGAUACUCUAUCAAACAUACGCGUUCAAUUUUGUUUGUUGGAUUUUUCUUUUUUCUUUGAAAACAUUGAACAUAUGAUUCUCAAAUUUAAAAAACAUUUAUGAUGUUUUUAUCUCGAUUAUUUUGUCUCGAAUUAAAUAUUGUAGAUUAAUAUAAAUAUAUUUUUUUUUUUUUUUGGUGAUUGAUAUUUGUAAACAAUUAUUGAGUGAUUGAAUUUCAUUACGGAGGAAGUCUUCCUAUAUAUAUUUUUCAUUUAAAACUAAUUCAUCUUGUAAUAUUAAUUUUCAUUUAUUUUGUUUGAAUAAAAAUAAUAAUAUUCGUAAUUAAUAAUUAUUAUUUUUGACAACAUUCCUCACUGUGCGAGAGUUUGUUGUAUUUUUUCAAAAAAAAAAAAAAAUAUGUGAAUGAGAAAAAUUAAUGUAUGAACCAGUAAUAAUAAAACAACUAGUGUUUCCUAAAAA